UCUCUACAGUCUUCUCCUUGGCCUUCUUCUUCAUCGUGCUCCUUUUGGUAAUCUCGAGAAACCCUAGAAAGGGAAGGGUGAGCAUCGAGCAAGAUCCAAAGGAUCCGUAAAAUUGAUGGGAAGAGGGAAGAUUGUGAUCCAAAGGAUCGACGAUUCGACAAGCAGACAAGUCACUUUCUCCAAACGAAGGAAGGGUCUCAUCAAGAAGGCCAAAGAACUCGCCAUUCUCUGCGAUGCCGAAGUCGGCCUCAUCAUCUUCUCCAGCACCGGCAAGCUCUACGAUUUCGCCAGCUCCAGCAUGAAGUCAACCAUUGAACGAUACAACAAGACCAAGAUGGAGCAGCAGCAACAGCUGUUGAACCCUGCAUCCGAAGUCAAAUUUUGGCAGAGAGAGGCUGCGGUUCUAAGGCAAGAACUCCAUGCCUUGCAGGAAAAUCAUCGGCAGUUGAUGGGAGAGCAACUAAAUGGUUUGAGCAUCAAAGAUUUGCGAAAUAUAGAGAAUCAGCUUGAGAUGAGUUUGCGUGGGAUCCGUACAAAAAAGGAAGAAAUGCUGAAUGAUGAAAUCCAAGAGUUGAACCGAAAGAGAAAUCUUAUUCAUCAGGAGAACAUCGAGUUGUCGAGUGAGGUACAACGCAUUCAUCAAGAAAACGUCGAGCUACACAAAAAGGUUUAUGCAUUGAACAAAAAUGGGUUUUCACAACAUGAACCAGACGACAAAGACGAGGAACCAGACGCAGAGGUUCGUCUGCAGCUAUGCCAACCUGAGCGGUCCACGUACGACACUCCUUCACGAUCCCAAGUAUAAAAUAAAAAAACUAAGUUAAUAAACCUUUUGUCGAAGAAACAUACAAAAAAUCUCUUCGCAAAAAAAAAAAAAAAGUGUGGGAAAACAAGAACCAAGAAGUUAAAUUCAUUUUCUGUCGAUUUGAAGUAUAUACUUUUGCAAAAUUAGUUGUCGUAUGUCGACGUGUAAAUGUUUUCGCCAAACAUUUGUACGG